GCCCGCCUGUCAUUGAAUGACAGUCACUGAGCGGAAGACAGAGAGAGGCGUCUCCACCGUGCGGCGCCACGAUCGAUGCGACACAGUACACCUGAGGAGUGAACCAUACCUGCGGAGAGUAGACUUCUCCAAAACCAGCUCGCCAACAUGGGGUUAUCACCUUCUAGUCUCCUAGAUGAACAUGGAUCCAACUACAUACGAGGUUGUGCAGAGGCAGAGUUGAAAGAGUUCGGUCCCCACUACAGGACACAGUACUCUGUGGUCUUCUUCUCCCAAGUCCAGGAUGAGCUGCAGGAGCCAAAAGAGAAGACAAAACAGCUCCUUAAACAGAGGGGUCCUCCGGAGGCGGGGGAGGUGCUGUAUGAGGAACAAGUCCUUCAUUUUGAAGCAACCAGGUGGGAAGAGAGGUACGUGGUGGUGCGUGGCAACUACUGCCUGGAGUGCCACAGCAGCUUCGAGACCUUUGUGAAGGGUGUGCCCCCGCGCCACAAGCUGCUGCCAACAGGGGGCACAGUGCUCACCACAGAAGAGAAAUACAUGGCCAUGGUGGACAAAUGCUUCCCUGUUUCUGAAACCAACAAUGUGAAUGAAAAGUUUGCCCCUCCUAUAAUUGGCAUGCCUGGACAGUUCCCUGUGUACCUCAGGCUUCCGUACCGUAGGGAUUACUACUUCUGCUUCCGACAGGAUGCUCGCCAAGCUGAAUUCCUCUCCAUCCUCUCCGACUGCAUCCGCCACCAGAACCAAGACUUCCUAAAGAAGAAGACAGUUGAGGUGCAGGCCUUCCUCAAAGCAGUCCACCUCUACAGACAGGAGAAGGGCAGCUAUGACUCCUGGAAAAUGCUGAUUGGCAGUGACGUCAGGGUACUGGCCAACCUGGUUAUGGAGGAGCUGUUGCCCUCUUUGGAGAAGGACAUGCUGCCUCAUCUAAAARCCAGGAAGACAGAGAGGAAGAGAGUGUGGUUCGCUACCGUAGAAGCGGCCUAUAUCCUGGUGCAGGAGUGUCUAUUUGAGGGUAUGUCUGCUCUGAAGGAGGAGUGUAGGAAGGCAGCUCACCAGCAGGAGGUGCUGAUACGCUCUGAUAUGGACCAGAUCCUCAACUCCAGAACCUACCUGGAGGGAAAACUACGAGCCAGUGUAUUGGAGCCAGCAGAGAAGUUCUGUUCRGAGGGAGUGCAGCCCUACCUGGCCUCCGUACUGGAGGAGCUGAUGGGACCAAUCAGCUCAGGGUUCCAGGACUGGUGGAGAAUGCAGCGUACACAUUCCAUCUGCUGCUCUACAAGGACAUAGAGGACAACCCAGGCAACGCAUGCUCUGCCAUGGAGAAGUCCAGGCACAAGGUGCUCAAGCAAUAUGACUAUGACAGCAGUACGGCGAGGAAAAGGAUCUUUCAUGCGGCCUUGGUGGGGAUCACUCUCCCUCACAUCAAGAAGACCCUGGCCCCCACUUACAAAACAGCGCUGCAGGGUCUUAAACAGUUAAUCAAUGCAGACUAUUCCAACUUUGUCCAUGUUCACAAUAUCUAUGAGGGCAUUUUGCUGCAGAGUCUGGACAAGGAAGUCAUCAAAGUGGUGGAGGAGGCAGCCAGGCUGAAGAAACACAAUCUGUUCACAGACACCAGAGACUUCCUGAGCCAGUCCAGCUCCUCCAGCCUCCUCUCCACCCCUUUCAUCCCCAGCAACCCAGCCAGGAUGCUAGGCUUCCCCGGACAGCUCCAGACCCAGCCUGAGACCCCUACCUUUAUCCAGACCCACCCUGAGACCCAGCCCGAAGCCGAGCUCCAGCCACCCUCCCUGCUGAGCCAAAGAGGCCCUCCAGGCUGGGGAGCCCGCUGAGCCUGCCCCCAAGGCCCUGGACUGUGUGAAGGAGAUCCGGGACCUGGUGGUGGAGGAGUUGGAAGUGGAGAAGAUGGUCCAGCGUUACCCAGGUAGUUUUAACCUAUAAGAGAGGGGUGACCAGUGAGGGGCCUGAUGUCACACAGAGAAUAAAGGAUGACAAGGGCCCCAUUUUAUUUUAUAUCACUGUAAUUAUGAGGAGUAUGGAAAUGUGAUAGACUAUACCCUUGCUGUUGUGGAAACCGACUGAGAUUACCUUCACUGUCAAAAAACAAAGUCAUUUUUAUACAAGCAUAAAACUGUACGUUUCCAUUAAACUGGUCAAAUAUGAAUGUGUACAAUUGUGUUUGUGAGAAGAUCAAUGUGGUGAGAUAACUGGAUUAUCAAAUUCGGGACCAAGGAAAACAUCAAAUUGACUAUUGCAAUUGUGUGGAAUGAACUUCCGUUUGUGUCAUAGAUUUUUACAUGUAUUUUAGAUGAUUUGAGAACAGUUUGAUAUAUGCCAAUUUAAGUUGUUCAAUAUUAAAUCAAGAACACUGCCGUAUAUUGAAUCGGUCCGAGUAGCAUAUGGGAGGGUUAUGUACAGCUAUCCCAACAAGAGAUACAUCCAAAGGCAUCAUGAUUUGAGGAGCUAAUGUUUCUUCCAAGUAUAUUAUUAUACUGUAUACACAUAGACCUACUGCAUUGAUUGCAUGAAGAAUGAGCCAUUUCCAAUGGACGUGGUUGCUAUGGAGACUGGUCCAGUGUCUUUAUAUCUGAAUGACCUUUAGCUGUGUUGAAAUGUCAACAUCAUCCAGUGCCUGUACAUAACAUUUUAUACUGGCAGGUUGGGAAGGGGCUGUGCAUAUUCACUGUAUAUUUAACAGUUAAUUGCUAGCUAAAUGUAAUUAAUUUAUUGUUUUCAGCUAGUUUUGUGCUCCAUAAACUCAGCUAGCUUCAGUGGUAAAGGAAGACAAACACAGUAAAUGUUUUAUAGUCAAAUAAAAAGGUUAUUUUAUUUAAAUAAAUAACACACAAGCA